AUGCCUUUCACAGACAGGACCUCUGAGUUUCGGCGUACCGUCGCCGACAAAGAAAAUGUUAUUCCAGAGGGACGCAAGUUACACGCCAAAGCGCCCUCCUCGGUGUCCAGCAGUGAAGUAGCCUCUGGCAAGGGGUAUAUACAUGAAGCGUAUACUAUCCUAUCUCAUAUAGGAACCCUGACGAGGAUGCUUGGAAGCAUCCGGCGUGCCUACCUCAAUGUGGACUCCCGAAACCCUGCCCCUCUAUCGCGUCAAGGGUCUAGAAACAUUGACCUGAACGAGGGAGAAUCUGCUUGGUCAAACAUAAAAUAUCUGUCGAACGAAGAGAGAGACCAGAUAGAUCUCCAAGCCAGAACUAUCCUGCAGCAAUGCUCAACGAGGGUUAAAGAGAUGGAACUCCUCGAGAAACGACGAUCGGAACUGGUUCAGAGCAAAGCAAAUCCCGUUUUCCGACUAUUACCCGCUCGACUUCGACAGGACGAAUCCACACUUGCCUCUGACGUUAUUGCCGCACACCGCUCAAGCAUAACAUGGUAUCUCGGCCGGAGAUUGACAGAAGCCAGUCAAAUGCAGAAAGAGAUGCAGGAGGAGCGCGUGAAACGACAGUUGGAGCGUACCAAAACCCUUGCUUCGGGCGCUUCCAGAGAAGCGGCAUGGAUGGAUACCCAUAUUCCAGAGGAGACCUCAAGUGGUUCCAGUUGGCUCGGGGAUGCGUCGUCAGGGUUCCUUGCUGCAACACUCGGUACACCGAAUGACCAUACGCGUACACCACCACAGAGUUACCAACCCGACUCCUCGUUCGCUUCAGAAGAUGAAGACGACGACCUGGAGUUGACUUCAUCACAGAUCCUCCAGUUCGAAGCCGAGAACGCCGCAAUACUACGAAACGUCCAAGACACGCUCGAGUCUGUCCAACAGGCUGAGUCGCGUCUCAUGGAUAUUAGCGCCCUCCAAAUGGAACUUGUCACCCACUUGACCCGACAAACGGAACUGACAGACCAACUGUAUGAAGAUGCGAUCGCGACGACUUCAACCGUCGAGAAAAGCAAAGCCGAACUCAAGAAAGCCCAAGAAAGAGGAAAGGAUAGUAGACUUUACCUUCUCGUUUUCUUGCUCGGCGCAAGUUUCAGUUUAUUAUUCUUGCAUUAUUACUGA